AUGCAGACUCAGGCACCGGAAGGCAAUAUCAGGGACCUCCUGGAAGGCCUAUUCUCUGUCAAUCAUGGAAAAUUUGGCAGCAUACACGCCUUGGCGACGGUGCCCGAUACUUUCCCGAUGAAUCCCUGCAUCGAACUCCAAUUACAAGAUGGAUGGGACGCUCUUGGACUGCCCGUCUCGUCUGCCGUUAUCAAGUUAUUGAAUGGAUCUCUCAAUGAGGGCCACGACGGCAGUAUCUCUACUGUGGAUGUUGACGCCUCGCGACUACAAUUCUUGAAUCCAGGAUGGAACGCAGUCGUGGACCAGACGGCAAAGUCGAUGUUUGCUGGUCUCCAUCUAGCUGGAUCAGUCCCAGGUUCGAUUACGGCGAGACUCGAAGGACUGCACAUCUACCCUGCGAGCUCUCACCUUCAAUAUAGUACCGGCGUCAAAGACGACCGUGUGCUUGCGACUCUUGUCUUCAUUCUCCCCACAAAACACGAAGGUGGAGCCAUAACUGCCCGGCUUGGGCAUGACCUGAUGACUAUGCCGACGAGCUCUCCAAGUGCCUAUGCCGCCACGACACUGUGUUGGCUGUCGGGCUCAACUGUUGAGCAUGAGCCAGUCACAAUGGGCGCUCAAGUCAUGUUACGCUACGAUAUACUCCACGCUGGCCAAGGCCCUGCACCCGUUCUUUUUGAUCCAACACCGGUAGCGGCUGAGAUCUCCAAGGUCUUCAGUGCUUGGCUUCAGAAUAGGGAUGGCAAAAACUGCCCACAGACGCUCUAUUACGUCAUAUCCAACAAUGAUAUAUACGGGGAGAAACUCAUUCGAUAUACCACAUUCACAGACCUCCAAGGCCCCGACUUCGCGUUUGUCAAUCUCAUUCGUGAGUUGGCACAGCCGUUUGGAAUCACUGUGACGUUGGGUCAACUGAAGCAAACCCAAUUUGGGGAGGCGUGGAGCCCGCAUCAAGUCAGAAAAGACUAUUACGGUUCUGACGACGAGGGUGAUGUGGAGCGAUACGAAGAGACAGCCGAACUGAACGACGUUGACGAAUUGUUGUGGCACUUCACCCCCUUUUUAUCCGACGGCAAGCGAGGGAAGGAGGAGGAUAUCUACGACGCAGAGUUUGAACUGCUGUGCGACUACGAAUAUCUCAAAGGAGCGGCUCCAGAUGAGGUGGAUUGGGAAGGCUGGCAGGGCGAGGGGAAUACGCAUAUGACUUACGAGUUCUAUCGACUUGGUCUACGCCUCGAGCUUCCAUCUUUAGAAGACCCGGAUAAGAGUUCGAAGCGGAAGGAACCUCCCUUUGAUCCAGAGAUCCAGAUCACGGAGCUGGAACGUCAGAUGAGAGCCUUCGACGAGGCAGCUACCCGAGGUGUAAUACGAUAG